GAUGGAGGCGGCAGAGCUGCUUGAAAAUGUCGGCGAGGUAGGGCCCAACGCGGGACAGUUCCCCUCCCGCCUCCUCCGCGUCUGCAAGAGAGGGAGACUCCACCAUGAAGGCCACCCUGCUCCUCACCCUCACCCUCGCCCUCAUCCUCCUCCUGGCAGGGAUGGAGUCCACGCUGGCCCAGAAGAACUCUACCAAUGUGGCGACUGCGCUGAGCAGCCCCAGUGGCUGCCUCCUGCUCCUGGCCCCCGGCCUCGCCCACCUCCUGCAGAGUCUCUGAGCCCCCACGCCGCCCACCCCCGCUCCCCCAAGCCCAGCAUCAUCCGUGACCCCCGCCCGCUCUGAAGCCGCAGCCCACCCCCACGAAUCUCCCUGGCUGAGAUCCACUCUCCCUUCAGACCCCAGGAAGACGGGCACCUCGACACAGGAGAGCGAUGCAUAUCACAGGGAAAUGGGGGUGAUCUCUUUUACCAUGGCUGACCCACCCUCCCACUGAACCCCUUCCCCCUCUGGAGUGGGUGGGGGUAGGGGGAUGGACACGAGGGAAAGAAGUCUGGUGGAAUAAAGAGA